UUUAGCACUUCCACUGAAAGAUUUUUCUACUUCCUCAGUUCUACUUAACCUCGUGAAGCUUUGAAGACAAAAAAAAACACACGCACAUACAGUCUAUACAGAUGAACAUGGCGGUUCUGAAUGGCUUAUAUCAGCCAUGGUCACUGACAUCUUCGCUCCCUCUCUAUUAUUAUAAUAAUCAAAAUCAUUAUUGUGUUAGUAAUUGUAAAUUACAUUCUUUAUCUCAUUCUUAUCGCUUCUCUGUUCUCUCUUCUCUCAAUGCUCCGAUCAAACCAAACCACACAGCUUCGAGGCUCUCUCAAAUGCCAACCCACUUCUCAAAAUCAGGCAGUGGGUGUUCAUGGAUGCAUGACAAUUCCAGGUGUCACAACACUGCUUCCAGCAAUGAUUGCACGAAGGUCCCAUUGUAUUCAGUGUUUCCGACAAAACGUGCAGAAGUUUCCUCUGUGCAGGACCUUUUCGAAUUCAUAUGCUCAGGUCCUUUGAUAAACAAGUUAGGUCUGACCCCUGAAAAAGUCACUGAGUCCAUUGACAAGUGGAUAGCAUGUGGAUCGAACCUAUGUCGAUUGUUUCAGCUCAAUGAAUUGGACCUUACAGUUCCUCAGAAAGCAAGGUUUUAUCACUACUAUAUACCAGUGUUUUUAUGGUGUGAAGAUCAGAUUUAUCAGCACAGAUCCACGUUCAAAGAUGGAGAAGAUAUACCUCCUUUAGUGAUUGGUUUUAGUGCACCGCAAGGUUGUGGGAAGACUACACUUGUCUUUGCUCUUGACUAUCUUUUCCGAGUUGCUGGCAGGAAGACCGCCACAAUAUCCAUUGAUGACUUCUAUUUGACAGCUGAGGGUCAGGCUAAACUCAGGGAAGAAAAUCCUGCAAAUGCACUAUUAGAGUUUCGUGGAAAUGCUGGCAGCCACGAUCUACCAUUCUCUGUCGAAACACUAAUGGCUAUUAAUGGUUUGACUAAAGAAGGUCUGAAGAUGAAGCUACCUCGAUAUGAUAAAUCGGCAUAUAAUGGGAGGGGUGACAGAGCUGAUCCUUCAACAUGGCCAGAGGUUGAAGGGCCACUUAUGGCUGUUCUGUUCGAAGGUUGGAUGCUUGGUUUUAAACCCCUUUCCAUGGAAGUUGUCAAAGUGGUUGAUCCGCAGCUAGAGACAGUUAAUAAAAAUCUUGAAGCAUAUUAUGAUGCAUGGGACAAGUUCAUAAAGGCGUGGAUAGUCAUCAAGAUUAAAGACCCGAGUUGUGUCUACCAGUGGCGUUUGCAGGCAGAGAUUGCCAUGAGAGAGGCAGGAAAACCUGGGAUGUCAGAUGAGGAGGUGGAAGAUUUUGUGUCACGGUACCUGCCAGCAUACAAGGCUUACCUUCCUACCCUUUACUCUGAGGGACCAAACGGUUCAAAUCCAAAGCAUCUUCUUGUCAUCGAAAUUGAUGAAGGCAGGAAUCCCAUCCUAGCUAGUUAGAAGAUUUUAGUGAAGCCCAAUUUUUAUUUUUUGAAUGUAUAUUUUGCUUGUGUAUUUGGUAUUACCUGAUACCUUUUGUGGAUAAAAGUAAUGUAAAUCUAAUUUGUGGCCCAUUUUUUUCAAAUAAAAUUGAACUUUUUUCAUUGGCA